CGGUAAAAAAAUCAUCAUACUCUUCUUAAGAAAAACAAAUAUGUCAGCUGAACGAUUUCCUUCUAUUCCUAUUUCUUAUAAUAGUCCAUCAUCAUCUACAUCAGGAUUUCAAGCUUUUCAAACAUAUGUUAAAUAUUUUGAAGAAUGUGUAGAAACCUUUCUUGGACCUGUUAAACAUUAUGUUCCAGCGUUGGGACGAUUUUUAAUUAUUGGGACAUUCAUGGAAGAUUCAGUACGUAUUUUAACACAAAUGAGAGAUCAGCUAUAUUAUUUGGAAGUUCAUCGUCAUUUUUAUCGUGGCUUAAGUCAUGCAUUUCUUAUUAUUAAUGUUAUUGCGAUGUUGACGGCAUCUUUUAUGAUUGUGGCACGAAAAAAAUCGGAAAUAGCAGUUGGCAUUUUAUUUGGGGUUGUAAUUGCACAGGCGUUUGGAUAUGGGUUAAUCUUUGAUAAAACACUUUUUUUCCGAAACAUUUCUAUGACGGGGGGAUUAUUAAUGGUUUUAUCAGAUUCGUGGUCUAAGAAACAACAUUUAUUUGCCGGAUUACCUCAAUUAUCAGAAACAGAUCGUAAAAAAUAUUUUCUUGCAGUUGGAAGAGUUCUUUUAAUAUUUCUUUUUACUGAAUUCAUUUUUAAGGAAACAUGGACAACUGUCCAUGUAUUCAUGUUAAUUUUUUCUUUAAUAGCAUGCUUUAUGGUAAUUAUUGGAUUUAAGGCGAAGUGGAGUGCCUUUUUUCUUGUUUGUAUCUUGAAUAUUUUUAAUAUUUUGAUUAAUAAUUGGUGGGAUACGAAAAUUACAGAAAUGGAAAAGGAUUUAUUAAAAUAUGAUUUUUUUCAAAUGCUUUCAAUUACAGGAGGAUUGAUUUUACUUGUCAAUAUGGGUCCUGGAGGGUUUUCUGUAGAUGAAAAGAAAAAAAUUUAUUAAUUAAUUCAUCCAAUUAAUACAUAUUUUCAAUAAAUUAUUAAUACGGCAUCGUUUUUAAACGCAAUUCUUUUAAUAUGGCUCUUUCAAUACAUUAUAAUUAAUACUCAUUUUUAAUAUUUAUUCUUUCAAUACAAUACUAAUUUAUUUUUUCAAUGCAAAACCAAACAUACUUUUAAUAAUUCGUAAACAGAUCUAACUGUACAAUUUUCUCCUUAAAUAGGUCGAAUAUACAAGUGGUCUAUCUAUAUAGAACUUUCUACAAUUCAAUAAUUGAUUAUAUCAAAAAAGG